UUUGUCUUUACUCGGCCACCGUCUCGUCAGCGUUACGGAGUAUUUUGUCCGCCUGCCGCCGCCGUCCCAGAUAUUAAUCACGGAGUUCCAGGGAAGAGGAACUUGUGAUAUGGGGGAGUCGGGAGGUGUUGCCGGCACGAUGGAGUCAUCUUUUAGUCCGGGACUCUCUCACAGGCUGGAUGAAGAUUGGGAUUCUGGCCUGUUUGCUGAACUCGGUUAUUUCACAGACACUGAUGAGCUGCAAUUGGAAGCAGCAAAUGAGACGUGUGAAAACAAUUUUGAUCAUCUUGAUUUUGAUUUGGAUUUGAUGCCUUGGGAGUCAGACAUUUGGGACAUUAACAACCAAAUCUGUACAGUUAAAGAUAUUAAGGCAGAACCUCAGCCACUUUCUCCAACCUCCUCAAGUUAUUCAGUCUCGUCUCCUCAGUCAGUGGACUCUUAUUCUUCAACUCAGCAUGUUCCUGAGGAGUUGGAUUUGUCUUCUAGUUCUCAGAUGUCUCCUCUUUCCUUAUAUGGUGAAAGCUCUAAUAGUCCCUCUUCAGCAGAGCCACUGAAGGAAGAUAAGCCUGUCACUGGUCCUAGGAACAAGACUGAAAAUGGACUGACUCCAAAGAAAAAAAUUCAGGUGAAUUCAAAACCUUCAAUUCAGCCCAAGCCUUUAUUGCUUCCAGCAGCACCCAAGACUCAAACAAACUCCAGCGUUCCAGCAAAAACCAUCAUUAUUCAGACAGUACCAACACUUAUGCCAUUGGCAAAGCAGCAACCAAUUAUCAGUUUACAACCUGCACCCACUAAAGGUCAGACGGUUUUGCUGUCUCAGCCUACUGUGGUACAACUUCAAGCACCUGGAGUUCUGCCCUCUGCUCAGCCAGUCCUUGCUGUUGCUGGGGGAGUCACACAGCUACCUAAUCACGUGGUGAAUGUGGUACCAGCCCCUUCGGCGAAUAGCCCAGUGAAUGGAAAACUUUCUGUGACUAAACCUGUCCUACAAAGUACCAUGAGAAAUGUGGGUUCAGAUAUUGCUGUGCUAAGGAGACAACAACGUAUGAUAAAAAAUCGAGAAUCUGCUUGUCAGUCUCGCAAGAAGAAGAAAGAAUAUAUGCUAGGGUUAGAGGCGAGAUUAAAGGCUGCCCUUUCAGAGAACGAGCAACUGAAGAAAGAAAAUGGAACACUGAAGCGGCAGCUGGAUGAGGUUGUGUCAGAGAACCAGAGGCUUAAAGUCCCUAGUCCAAAGCGAAGAGCUGUCUGUGUGAUGAUAGUAUUGGCAUUUAUAAUACUGAACUAUGGACCUAUGAGCAUGCUGGAACAGGAUUCCAGGAGAAUGAACCCUAGUGUGAGCCCUGCAAAUCAGAGGAGGCACCUUCUAGGAUUUUCUGCUAAAGAGGCACAGGACACAUCAGAUGGUGUCAUCCAGAAAAACAGCUACAGAUAUGAUCAUUCUGUUUCAAAUGACAAAGCCCUGAUGGUGCUAACUGAAGAACCAUUGCUUUAUAUUCCUCCACCUCCUUGUCAGCCCCUAAUUAACACCACAGAGUCUCUCAGGUUAAAUCAUGAACUUCGAGGAUGGGUUCAUAGACAUGAAGUGGAAAGGACCAAGUCAAGAAGAAUGACAAAUAAUCAACAGAAAACCCGUAUUCUUCAGGGUGCUCUGGAACAGGGCUCAAAUUCUCAGCUGAUGGCUGUUCAAUACACAGAAACCACUAGUAUCAGCAGGAACUCAGGGAGUGAGCUACAAGUGUAUUAUGCUUCACCCAGAAGUUAUCAAGACUUUUUUGAAGCCAUCCGCAGAAGGGGAGACACAUUUUAUGUUGUGUCAUUUCGAAGGGAUCACCUGCUGUUACCAGCUACCACCCAUAACAAGACCACAAGACCAAAAAUGUCAAUUGUGUUACCAGCAAUAAACAUAAAUGAGAAUGUGAUCAAUGGGCAGGACUACGAAGUGAUGAUGCAGAUUGACUGUCAGGUGAUGGACACCAGGAUCCUCCACAUCAAAAGCUCAUCAGUUCCUCCUUACCUCCGAGAUCAGCAGAGGAAUCAAACCAACACCUUCUUUGGCUCCCCUCCCGCAGCCACAGAGGCAGCCCACGCUGUCAGCACCAUCCCUGAGUCAUUACAAUAGCACCCUGCAGCUAUGCUGGAAAACUGAGCGUGGGACCCUGCCAGGCUGAAGAGCAGGUGAGCGAAGUGCUGCUUUCUGCCUUGGUGGCAGGCAGAGAACUGUCUCGUACUAGAAUUCAAGGAGGAAAGAAGAAGAAAUAAAAGAAGCUGCUCCAUUUUUCAUCAUCUUCCCAUCUAUUUGGAAAGCACUGGAAUUCAGACACAAGAGAACAAUGAUUCUUCAGUGACAAAUGUAGCCCUGCAUCCUCUGGUGUUACCUGGUGUGGAUUUUUUUUUCUGUACCUUUCUAAACCUCUCUUCCCUCUGUGUUGGUUUUGUGUUUAAACAGUCAUCUUUCAAAUAAUAUCCACCUCUCCUUUUUGCCAUUUCACUUAUUGAUUCAUAAAGUGAAUUUUAUUUAAAGCUAUGCCGCACA